AUGGAAGAAGAUUUUCUUUUAUCCAACCCUUCAUUGGCAAAUAAUCUAAUUCAAAAUAGGUUAUGCCAUAGAAAGGUUUUCAUAGUUCUGGAUAAUGUUGAAAAGGGGAUUCAGUUGGAGAAAUUGGCUAUAAAACGGAAAAGGCUAGGCAGUGGGAGUAGAAUAAUCAUAAUUUCUAGAGAUGAACAUAUAUUGAGAGAAUAUGGGGUGGAUGGUAUUUACAAAGUUCAACUGUUAAAUGAUGAGAAUGCUCUCCGAUUAUUUUGCAAAAAAGCUUUCAAAUGUAAUUAUGUUGCAAAAGAUUAUGAAAGCCUCACAAAUGUUGCAUUAACAUAUGCUAAUGGACUUCCGUUAGCAAUUAGAGUAUUCGGUUCAUUUUUGUUUGGGCGAGAUGUUUCUGAGUGGAGUAGUGCAUUGGAUAGACUGAAAGAAAAUCCAACAAAAGAUAUUAUGGAUGUGCUUCGAAUUAGUUUUGAUGGACAUGAGGAUAUGGAAAAGGAAAUAUUUCUUGAUAUUGCAUGCUUUUUUUCCGAUGAGUUUGAAGAUUAUAAUCUAAAUAAUUUUAAUAUUCUGAAGUUUCAGACAGCAGAUAACAUUGAAGCAAUAGUUCUUCCAAGAUAUGAAGAAAUUAGAGAAGGAUUGUCAGUUGAAGCUUUAUCACAAAUGAAUCGUCUGAAAUUACUCAUACUUGGCAAAAAUUUACAUAAUUUGACACAUAUGGAACUAUGUCAUUCCAAAAAUCUCAUAAAGAUACCAAAUUUAUCUGGGGCCUCAAAUCUUUCGCGCCUUGAUCUUGAAGGAUGUGUUGCACUUGUUUACCUUGAUCCAUCCAUUGGUUCUUUAGAAAAGCUUCAUUUCUUGAAUCUUGAAAACUGCAAAAAUCUUAGAGAGCAGUUGAAAAAGUUGGAUCCAGAUCAAAGUGUAGAAAGGCACAUGACAUCCUCCUCCAUGUGCAAAACUCUUACAAGGCCUUUCCAAUUUUUGUAUUCUAGAAGGCGUGCCAAUUCAGUUGGUUUGUUGGUGCCUUGUUUGUCUCGUUUUCCAGCUUUGGUAACUCUUGACAUAAGUUUCUGUAAUUUACUUCAAAUCCCCGAAGCUAUUGGAAACUUACGUUGUUUAGAAAGUUUGAACAUGGGAGGAAACAAUAUUGUUACGCUACCUCAUUGCAUCAAGGAACUUCCAGUGUACAUGCAAUGCUCUAUCCCCAGAUACAUCAUCGAUGUCGUGAUUCCAGGAGCUGAAAUUCCAUGGUGGUUCAACCGACAGAAUACGGCGGGUAGUUCAGUGAGCCUGGAGCCAUCUCCCAUUCUGGAGGACAAUAAUUGGAUAGGCAUUGCUUGUUGUGUAAUAUUUGUUGUACAUGAUGCUCCAUCGAAAUGGCUUGAAGAAGCCAAUCAUUCUCCUGUUCUUGGUUGUGGUUUUCAUGGUUAUCAGCUUGGGGGCAAAUAUGCCGUUGUUCCAAUCCGUCUCAAGCAAGAUUUGAUUGCAACUGAAUUAGAUCAUAUGUGGCUAAUAUUUUUCUCCCGGGAACUUUUCAUUAAUGGUUAUAUAAGUGAUCUAAAAGAAGGAGCAUCUGAUCUUGAUGGUAUUGAAUUGGACACCAUGAGUGAUUAUCCAGAAGUAGUAGAAGUGAGGAGUUAAGGUUCCCGUUGGGUAUACAAGGAAGAUAUGGAACAG